AUGAAUGUCGCAAACUCUACUUCAGGCCUCUUUAACCUCUCGGCCUAUCCGGUCUGUGUGGACAAUGACACUUCCGACCCCAUCACCAUUCUCACCCGCUACGUAGUCCCUGUGCUCUUUGGAAUUGUUGACAUCAUCGGAUUUUCCGGAAAUCUGCUUGUUAUAAUAGUGAUUACAGGCUAUGCCUCAAUGAGGAACAGCACCACCAUUUUAAUCGUCUCACUCGCACUGGCAGAUCUCUCCUUCAUCAUAUUCUGCGUCCCGUUUACUGCUAUGGUGUACGUAACAACAACGUGGCCAUUACCGGAGGUACUCUGUAAACUGUACUUUUUCACAACCUACUUCUCCGUUUACUGUAGUGUGUAUACACUGGUUCUAAUGUGUCUUGAUCGUUUUCUCGCUGUCGUUUUUCCGCUGAGAAGCAGAACGUGGAGAACAACACGUAAUACUGUUAUAGCCGUCAUUGUCAUGUGGAUCCUCAUUAUCACUGCCACAACACCAAUGUUCAUCACAUCCCAGAUCAUCUAUGCUAUUGAUACCGAUAACAAAACCACAUGUCAGCGUCCGAUCUGCCACAAUGGUUGGAUUUUCGAGCACACUGCCGAGGGCGUUGUGACUGGAAUGAAUCAGUACCGAAGUCGUGUAUUUUACGGCCUCUUUUUCGUGUUCGGAUACGCUUACCCACUUGCGAUAAUUUGUGUGUUUUACAGCAUUCUUAUCAAGGAGCUUUUGUGCGGGAGGGUUUCAAAGAUGUCAAAAUCUGUUGAGUCCCAUCGGGGCAAGCGGAAGGCGACGAAAUUGGUCAUCGUUGUCGUCAUUGUUUUUGCAGCCUGCUGGCUUCCCAUUCAGGUGGUUUUUUUGAUCCAAAAUUUCUACCAUGACAUCCCGACGAUAGCGUUCCGCUUCUUCCAUAUCCUUGGAAACAUCCUCUCUUACGGCAACAGUUGUGUCAACCCGAUUCUGUACGCAUUUUUCAGCGAUACAUUUCGAAUAGGGUUCGCAUCUCUCCUAUGCAUGGACAAGUCAAAAAUGCGUACUGUGCAUCUUGACAGUAAUGUAGGACAGUCUGAGAUGUUACUGGACGACGCAGUUAUCAGAAAACCAGUUGUCGCUGACGGACAGGAAAGUCCAGUUCAUAGUUUUAGCGGGUGUCAGGUGAAGAAGAGGCAGUCGAAGGAGGUUUCCUUUGCAGAAAGCGUCUGUGUUCACCUCAUGAAGCCAGUGACACAACACUCACCAGAAAUCUCACAUAUUGUUAUUGACUAG